GCCGCUCCGACGGCCACAUGACAGCCGAGAGCCGGCUGCCGCCGGGCCCCCCGCCGCCGCCCCCGCCGCUGAAGGCGGACGCGGUGCCGCCGGGAGAGGAGGCGGCGGCGGCGGCGGCGGGGGCGCGGGGCGGGCGGCGCCGCCGCAAGCGUCCGGCGGAGCGGGGCAAGCCGCCCUACAGCUACAUCGCCCUCAUCGCCAUGGCCAUCGGGCAGGCGCCCGAGCGGCGACUGACGCUCGGCGGCAUCUACCGCUUCAUCACCGAGCGCUUCCCCUUCUACCGCGACAGCCCCCGCAAGUGGCAGAACAGCAUCCGCCACAACCUCACCCUCAAUGACUGCUUUGUCAAGGUGCCACGGGAGCCUGGUCGCCCCGGCAAGGGAAACUACUGGACGCUGGACCCUCACGCCCGCGACAUGUUCGAGAGCGGGUCCUUCCUCCGCCGCAGAAAACGUUUCAAGCGCAGCGACCUCUCCACCUACCCGGCCUUCCUCGCCGAGCGCCCCGCCGCUCCGUGCCGCCUCCUCCUGCCGCCCCCCGCCGACCUGCCCCCGGCACCCGCCGCCACCUCCUGCGCCUUCGCCACCGCCUUCCCCGCGCAGGACUGCGCCUCCGCCGCUCUGCCCCACGCCUACGCCCCGCUGCCCACCGCUCCCGGGCCCUACGCGCCCGGGGGCCAGGGGCCGCUGUAUGCGCCGUCGGGGCGCAUCGUGCUGCCCGCCUCUUCGCCCGGGCCCCCUGCGCUCUACGGCCGCCGCUCCCCCGCGCCCUACCCGCCGCUGGCACACGCCUACGGCGCCGGAGGGCAGCUGAGUGCCGCCGAGCCCGCAGCGCGGCACGGCGCCUACCCUGGAGGCCCCGACAGGUUUGUCCCGGCGCUCUGACCUAUCCUGGAGAGGCCCGACAGAGCGGACCGGAGCCCGGGAGACGGCGGAGUGCGGGGGUCGCCCGGCACGGCUGCUCCCGGCGCUGCCCGGGAAGAUGCUGAAGAACCUUGGGCUGCUCCUACGCAUUCUGCCCUCUGCCCAGGCUUCCUGGCAAGGAGUGUCGCAGUCAGCCCUGGGGACCUGGGGUGUCCUGUCCAGCCCUGUCCACUCUCGCAGAAAAGUCCUAGGGACGCCCAAGUGCUUGGAUGGGGCAAGCAGUCUCUUCUUCUUCUGCAACCUUUCCUGGAGCAGGUGCUCAAAGCUUCCUGCCAGGCUCCCAGCCUCCUGGCACACCCAACCGGGCCCCUUCUGGUCUACGCAGGAAGAUUUCACAUCUUAAAGUCUCCCUGUUGUUGAUGAUU